AUGGACCGGCAUCCGGGCGGCCCGACGACCAUCGUGGCCUGGGCGGGGAAGGACGCCUCGAAGUUCUUCAACGAGAUUCACAAGGGCGUCAAGAUCGAUUCCUAUUUGCGUCCGGAGUCCCAUUUGGGCAACUUGGGCGUGGACGGGGACCUGAUGUCGGAUGAAUUCUGGCACACGCUCCGGGAGGCACGCAUUGUGGAGGUUCGCGAGGAGAUCGAUCGCGUUCUGAGCGAAACAGCAGCCAAAGAUGGCCACAAGGCUGACAGCCUCCCUCGCCUCCUGCAAGACAAGAACUUGGACCCUCAGCUGAAACUCAAGUUGCAACGCUUGGAGACUCAGAAGAGAGCAGCUUUGGACUCGGAGGACUACGCGAAGGCCUUAGAUGUGAAAAAGGAGAUUGAGAAGAUUCUCUCUGACCAGGCUCAUGCUCACAUGCACGACAUUCCGUUGGACAUCCCCAACUCCAGCGGUGGCAUUCCAUUGUCAGAGGUGGCUCGUCACAACAAGCCCCAUGAUUGCUGGAUUGCCAUCAACAAGAACGUCUAUGACCUGACGGAUUUCUUGAUCCAUCAUCCAGAACAGCGGAAUUCCAUUCUCGCUUGGGCUGGCAGAGAUGCGACUCCAAUGUGGGACAAGAUCCCGGGACGCUUCCCCAGCAAGCAGUGGAUGGAUUUCUUCAUGCGAAGCGAGUGGAAGAUGGGCGAUGUUGGUACUGAGCCCAAAAGGGACCCUGUCUACGACCAAUUGAAGCAGCUGCAUGAUGAGUUGCGCAGGCUUCAGGGACCCUCCAAGGAGGACAUUGAAGCAGCCAAGACGGCCGUGAAGGUCCCUGGCAAGACCGAUGCGCCCACCCUUUCGGAGGAGUCUCGCUUUCCCAAGCUGGCCGAAAUCUCCGCGGGGAAGGAACUCCCUUUCUUCACUCGUGCGGAAGUGGCCAAGCACACCACCGCUGAUGAGCCGUACAUGAUCAUCCACAACCGCGUCUAUAACUUGAAGCCUCUGAUGGGAAGUCACCCGGGAGGUGAUGACAUCUUGCUGAGCAAGGCAGGCACCGAUACCACCAAGGACUUCGAGGUCUUCGAGCACUCGGAGAAGGCUCGGGUGCAGCGCGACCGGGACAUGUUGGUGGGUCAAUUGGUGCCCGGCGAGAACACCGACUGGUCCGCGGAGGCCACCGUGGCUCAGGUGGUGGGCGAAGAAACGUCGGAGGUGGGCCGAUACAUGAAGUACAAGGCCACGGACAUUGCGGUUGGGGCUUUGGCAUGGUAUCUCUACAAGACCUUGCAAAACACCAAGCCUUUGUCACAGUUCACUUACAGCCGAGCCUUGCGACACUUGCAUCUCAUCAUGGCCGUGGGCAUUUUCGGAGCAGUAGGAACAGCUCAGGCCGCCUCCUACUCGGAAGGACAGACGAGGAAACAAAUGCUGUGGUGGCACAAGCAGACCGGCCUUGCGAUGCUUUUUGCUCUGGUGGUGCGCUUCUUCCUUCGCAUGCAGAGCGGCAUUCCUCCUCGCUUCCCAGGAAAUCCCAUGGUCCAAAUGCUGGAGACACAGAGCCUUCGUGCAUUCUACGUCCUGGCUCUCUUGUUGCCAGUCUCCGGCAUUGCCAACGAAUACUUCUUGAAGUGGGCUCCAGGCUCUGACAAGACUGGAAAUGCCGAAGAUGACAAGAGGAAUGACAGGCUGGCCAAGCAGUCCAUUGAUGCCCACAAGUUGCUCGGAAAGUUCCUGCAGUUCGCUUGGCUUCCCUUCCAUCUUGGCUACACCACCUUCUACCAUUGGACUCAAGGUCGAGGCGUGGUCAAGAAGGUCUCUCCCUUCAUCUGA